AGGGGAUACAUAGUCUUGAUGGCCACCUGGACAGGUGAUGUAGAAGUAUUCCUAUUUCGGCUCUUAGGUAUAGCACUCUGUCUUCGAAACGAUAAGGUGGAUGACAAUAGCCAGAUCCGCGCUCUCGCCCUCCUGUACUGUCGGAUAGCGUGAUCAACAAAACAAGAGCCAAGUCGUCACCGAACUGCAAAAGGAAGCUCGCACAUCUGAUGCCAUCAGUCAAAGCGUACCUGAAAAAGGCAUGUAGCAUGCCGACUUCCCCUAACGAUAAUCAGGGCAACCAAUGCCCAGGCACUCCACGCCCCCCUCCCGGCCUCGCCACCACCUAUCACAACCUCAUAUCCUAUCACUUGGUACCACUCACUAGCCAUCCAACAAAACGCAUCCAAGAAACGAUCAUCAGUCGCUCAAGUCCUUCUCACCCCCUUAUCUUCACCUCCACUUCAUCUCCGCCAUGCACCCUUUUCUAUUUUCAAAACGACAGCUAUUCACGUGUCCCCGGGCCGCAUAUGCAUGAGGCGUGCAGCUUGCAUAGCCUCGCCCACAUCCCCCAUCUCCACACAUCCAUCCAUCUAUCCAGCUCACUCCUAGUACGCGGCCCCAUGCCACAGAACCCCACAACACGUUUUUUGACACACUACACUCACACACCGUUACCCGGAGUCGUGUAACGUUACCUUUCUUAGUUACGCAACUACCACAUUUCAGCCGAUCAUCGUUUCGCGGAUUCGGCAGCUA